AUGGCGCAGGAGCCAAACACCAGCGUCCAGUCCACCUUUUCCAUCGGGGCCAUGCCCCACGACACCAGGACAAGAAGCCCAGAGGCCCCGUGCCCUUUAGUCCCUGCCAGCCCGCCUGCCCGUGGCCCCGCAACCCUGCUGGGCACUGAGCUCUCUGCCCACGCCCGCACCAUCUACCGGCCCUGGUUCUCACCCUACAGCUACUUCGUAUGCACCAAAGGAGCUGCCCAGCAGCACCCGAGCCUCUCCUCCAGCCUAGCCACCAGCACCCAGGAGUGUGAGGAGCCUGAUAACCUCUCAGAGAUCAUCUGCUCCUCCUCUGACUCCUCAGAUGAGCCCCAGCCCCCCAACAGGAACAGGCUGGCCAGCAGCAGAGCCAGAAUCACCAUCCAGGACAUUUUCGCUGCUUCCCAGUUGCAGCCAGUGCCCCAGCACAAAUACCAGUGCAUGUCGUGCUGCCGCAUCUUCCCCACGCUGUGGUCGAUCAAGACCCACAUCCAGAACAGCUCCCAGGAGGGCUACAGCUGCAAGGUGUACUACCGCAGGCUCAAGGCCCUGUGGGAGAAGGAGCGCAAGGCGCAGGAGUCUGCAGCCCCCAGGGUGCCUGUGUAG